AUGGCGACCCUUGUUGACGCCAACUCCACCACGCCCACCGACAAGAUGGCUCCUUCGACGCUCGACCUGUUUAUGUUGACGUUCAAUUGCGCCAAGAAAUUCAUCGACGUUGGUGUAUUCGCAACUCACCUCAACACUGCCUUCAAGCAUGAUGCCACUGCACUGCCAGAGGUUGUCGUCUUCUCUUUACAGGAGGUCGCCCCGUUAUCGUAUUCCUUCAUCGGCGGCUACUUUCUCAGCCCAUAUCUCGCACGUUUCGAAGAAGCCUUGAACCUUGCCGCAACUCGGUACACCAACGAAUACACGUCGAACGGGCAGAGCAACGAUGUCGGCGACGAUGACACGAUUUCGGUGAAAACCACCGCCCCUACCCCUGUGCGGCCAUACACCCUAGUGCGGACUCGGAAUGUCGGUAUGACCGCCAUCAUGCUCUUUGCACGCAAGCCAGAGUCAAUCCUGCGCGUGCAAGAGGCGGAGGUGGGCUUCGGUGCUGCAGAAAUGGGCAACAAGGGCGCUGUGGCUCUGCGAGUCUUGUACGAAGGCAUAACACCGGACGGUGGGAAGAAGGAGACGGAGUUGACUUUUGUGGCUACUCACCUGGCGGCGAUGGAGUGGAACUUGCCCCGGCGAAACGCCAACUGGGCAGCCAUCAUGCGGGGCUUGACUUUCGAGAACCCCGAGGACAUUCUGCAUCCCAAGAACAAGCCCAGCACAGCCGCGCCUACAGAAGGGGAAGACCAGGUAGACGGUGCUGGGGACGAAGGAGUGCACCUCUUGCACGACGAGCACCAUGCGCAGACAUUGGCUCUCCAGGAGCGUUUACAGGAGAUAUCUGUCUUCAAGCCGAGCUCGCACCUCUUUGUCGGCGGUGACCUCAACUACCGCAUCUCCACGACGAGCCCGCCGCCGAUGGCGACGUUCCCCAGCCUGGAUCCGGACAGCGAACACCAUUAUGCUCGCUUCUUUGCCUUGGAUCAAUUGACGAGAGAACGCCAGGCCGGCCGGACCUUGCAUGGUCUCAGCGAGGCGGAGGUCAAGUUCCCACCAACUUACAAGUACAACGUACUGCCCCCGGACGACACUCGUCUCAAGGUUGACGGUGUGGAGGACGUACCGUGGGUAUUCGCCCCUCACCGAUAUCCCGGCUGGACGGACCGAAUCUUAUUCCUCGACGUCCCCUCGUGGACUAAAGCAGAGCCUCGGAAAGUCGAUGUGAAGUCCUACGACGCCCUGCCCGUGGUGCGGAGCUCAGAUCACCGAGCCGUCUUCCUGAGAGCGGCGGUGCCCCUUCUGACAGAGGAUGAGCUGGCUCGGCCGUCCUCGGAGGUCUCGACAGCCAAUGGGGUUGAUCCCCGCCUUGUGCUGCCGGUGGCCAUCGACCCCGAGGCCUGGGAGCGACGGGCGGCGGCGAGACGCAAGGAGGUGCUUGUUGGCUGGAGCAUGUUCCUUUGGUCUACUAAACAAGGAGCGUUGGUGCUGGCCACGCUUUUGGCGGUGGGCGCAGGCGCUUGGUGGUUGAGCCAGUGA